UCGCCGCCCAACUAGAACUACGACUCCCAGCAGCCCUCGCGCUAUUUCCCAUCAUGGCGGCGGGCAAGAAAAUGUGUGCGAAGGAAAAAACGCCGGAGGGGGCUCCGAGUCCGCCAGGCUACCGAGCCAUCCCCAUCAAGUUCUCCCAGGAGCAGGCAUCCUCUCACUUCCUCUACGUCAGAGAGCACCGAGUUCGAGGGGGCGCCAAGUCCAGCUGGCCUCCAGGACGCACGCUCUUUGUCCUCAAUGUGCCCCCGUACUGCUCAGAGGAGAGCCUGGCCCGGCUCUUUGCCGCCUGUGGCCCCGUCCAGUCGCAUCUGCACGAGAGGCCAGACCUGUGCGAGACGCCAAAGGAGGCCCCGUCGGCGUUCUUCUGCCCAAAGCCUGUCCCGGGUUUCCACGUGGCUUACGUGGUGUUCAGGAAGCCAGCGUCUGUGCCGAAGGCCGUGGCUCUUCAGGGACCUCUGAUCAUCUCAACGGAGAGCCACCCGGUGAAAACUGGCAUUGAGAAGUGGACAGCGGAUUACGCAGACUCUCUAGUGGACCCGGAGGCCCUCAGGCUGGAGGUGGACAAGUUCAUGGAAGAAUAUGACAAGAAGACAGCCGCGGAAGACGCUAAGGCAGAGGCAGAGGAGGGGGUCCCAGAUGAGGAAGGCUGGGUGAAGGUGACCCGCAAAGGCCGGAGGCCUGGCCUGCCUCGCUCGGAGGCCGCCAGCCUACGAGUGCUGGAGAAGGAGAAACGCAAGAAAGCGCGCAAGGAGCUGCUUAAUUUCUAUGCGUGGCAGCACCGAGAGACCAAGAUGGAGCACUUGGCCCAGCUGCGGAAGAAGUUUGAGGAGGACAAGCAGAGAAUCGCCUUGAUGCGGGCGCAGCGCAAGUUCUGCCCAUACUGAGUCGGGGUGGCCAGGCCCCCCUGAGGACAGGGACCUGCCGCCGUGGUCUGCGGACCGAAGGAAGCAGGCCAGCCUUUGGGGGGGGGUGCCCCGUCUCCACAGGGCUGUCACCAUGUUCCAGAAGAUGUAAAUAAAGGACGGACAUCACUUCUG